AUGUGUGACACGGCACCACGUCCGCCUCCAUUCGAAUACGAGCCACUCGAUCCACAGGUCUCGGGGAAAUGUAUACGGUUGCUUCACCCCCUGCCCCUCUCUGACGAUGGGGUUAUACGGUGUACCCUUGAGAACAAUGUCUCUAUAGCUGAACAACCUGUGCCACCUUACACCUGUCUCUCGUACGAGUGGGGGGAUGAUGUGGACCACACGCACUGGAUCGAGGUCAACGGCAAGUGUCUCGAGGUCUCGCGCAACUUGUUCGACUUCUUGAAAAGCCUCCUCCAGCAACAAAACGGGACUGGUCUGCAGGGUUUGUGGAUCGACGCCAUUGCCAUCAAUCAGAAGGACCAGAAGGAGAAGAGUGUGCAGGUCGACCAAAUGCACGAUAUAUUUCGACAGGCCUCAGAAGUGCUUUCCUGGCUGGGUCCAGCGGCACAUGACAGCGACGAGCUCUUUCAUUUCCUGGAGAGUUUGGAUAUUCCUGUCCCAGAAGGAGCCUCUGACGCCGAUACGACCAGGUCGCUCGAACGCAAAAUGUGGUACGAGCUUCAGCACCGAUUCUUCGACGCUGGACAUCGGAUUCACCGUGCGGCGAACCAUCUCUGCAACCGCACGUACUGGGGGAGGAUGUGGAUUGUCCAAGAGAUGCUCCUUGCCCGGAGACUCCAUCUGGUCUGUGGCUCCAAGCGGACACGUUGGCUACGGUUCGCCAUUGUUCUCGAAGCCCUGCUGAGCAAACAAAUCAUGUUCAAACAUCUGCUAUGGAUCUCGCGACGUUCUCCAGUCGAACCAAUCCUUCAACACUGGCUUCGCGGCUGUGACGGGGCCGAACCAGAGGACAUCCAAACCCUCUUCACCACAUUUGCAACCUUUCACUGUUCCGAGCCUCGCGACAAGGUGUAUGCGUUGCGAAGCCUGAGCUGCGAUUCGAAUCUGAUCGAGGUCAACUACGAAUCCCCAAUCGAGGACGUCCUGCUCCAAGUACUCCGAGUCUUCCGUCGACAGAUGCUGUACGUUGAAUUUGCUGCCGUGUGUGAAAUGUUUCGCGUAAAUCUCUGGCGUUUGUUUCCGCUUUUCGACGAAGGGCAACCGCAUCCCAGUCGCGGUGCGAACAAAGGUCCCAUGCAAUCAGUGGCCGGGUUAAUUCAGGAUACCUCUGACUCUGCAGUCCCCCCCAAGUUCUCGGUUGAUCUUGGAACCAUCAAAUUUGGGGGUUCCCGAUACCAGGGCGGUGUCGUUUAUUCGUGGACCAACUUGAUCGAGUUGUCGCGGAAUGGCCGGCUCAAACAGUGCAACUGUGCCCCAUGCCAAAAGGGCUGGCAAGCGAUCAGGUUCAGCUCGUCAUCAGGGGGAGCCGAGUCUAUCGACCCAUCCCUACAAUUGAAUUGCGAGACAGAUAGGUUCGACAUCGCGCAAAGCACGGGAGUAAUACUCUUCUAUCAGCAACGCGGCAGUGGCCAGGAACGUUACCUGGCGCCCUUUGCCACCGGCAUCAUGCUGCGAAAAGUCAAGAAUACCUUCUCUGUCCUCUCAAGAUGGAACUAUGAUUUCAUAUUCGACAGCGAUCCUGGGUCGCUGUAUGUCCUGUUGUAUCACGACCCGGAGGUGCGCAAACUGAACUACGAAAAGUCUCUCCCAUACACGAGGUCUGUCUCAUAUACCAUGUCACAGCUUUGGAAUUUUGUUUCGCACCGAAGUCCUGGAUUUAGCUCUGGCCUCGACAAGGACAUUGGCCUAUCCGCACUGGAUGAAGUCGAGGGACUCCCCAAUGUGUCGAUCCAAGGGACCAUGGCCAACUGGAGGUGA